GGUGGCAAUACAUUGUCUCAUGGCUAAACAGCGCGAGCAAGGCGCAAGUUCCGCUGCUAGUGCUGCCUCCACGUGAGCUUUGGCUAAGCUGCGCGCGCAAAAUGAAAGAGAGAGUGAAUCGCGUAUAAAAUCAACUAGCCAAAUCCACAAGCAGUCAUUAAGUUGCCACUAUUCGAAUCAGUAGGAUCCCAUUUAGUCCAGCUCCUAAGUACAUAUAUAGCAAACCAGCCUGGGAUAUUUAAAGCUUCACAGACUGUGAUCAAUUUUAGUACACCACAUACCACACACAGCACCUGCAGACACCGCACCAAUCUGCUAUCGUUCAUCUCAAAGCAGUGAUAAUCACAGGGAUUAUAAAUCGAUUUACAAUCAUGAAGCUUUUCUUAGUUUGUUUCUCCAUCUGUGUGUCGAGCAGCCUCGUGAUGGCCCAAUAUUUCGGUGGAGACCGCUUCAACUUUGGCUACAAUGCCCUUUCCGGUGAUUUCGGUGGCCCAUCCGCCUUCGCCAGCCAAUUUGGACAAUCGGGUAGUAGUGUUAGGGACCCACGACAGGACAGAGGUACUGGCCCCGUUGUUUUUCCACCCUCUCCAGCUAAUGCUCCCGUGGAGUCGAGUGGUGUCAUUGUUGGGGCAUCAGGCUAUGGAUUUGUCCCACCUCAGACCCCACAGAGGCCAUUCUUUGGUUUCCCACGACAGUUUCCUUACACCCGAUAUCGAUUCAUUUGAGGCUCUCUCUAGUAAGGAAUCCAAGUCCAUAAUAUUUUCCGAGUAGUCGGCUCCAAAACUCAUCUGUCUCCCUCCAUCCUCUAUAUAUCUUAUAAUUUAUAUAAUGUAUGAAAUUUUAUAUAUAUAUAUUUUUUUAAUUUAAUUUAUUAAUUACAGUAAGUGUGUAGAUAGUGUGAAUCACUGAAUUCUUCUAAGCCUAUAUUAGGAUGUGUUCUAAUUUGUAAUUUAUUGUGAAGCGGUUGUAAAUAAUGAGAAAAUGCAUUAAAAAAUGUGAGAAGAGACAAGUCCAAAA